GCCACUGCCAAUUGCUGCUUACCGCAAGGCAGACGUAGAGAUAUAUGUACUUUUCUGGAGCGGGCAGAUCUCUCCCUAAAUAUACCGCCGUCAGGAAUACCUUGCCUCAAGCAACAUCGAGCCGGGAAGACCAAAGGCGCCUAACAGUGCCUAGUGUCGGUCGGUUAAUUAUCGUUUCCCCAAUUGCUGCGCUCUUUCACCUCCCACCGGCUCCCCAGCAAACCUUCCCCCUUCCCUUCGCCUGCCCCCUCCACCCGACUUUCCACUUCGUUCAAUUGAAGCCCCCCGUCCAGCCUCGACACCGGUUUGUCCUGUCCUGUCGCAAGCCGCAUCUCCUCUGUCUCUUCUGUCUCCUCCAUCUCCAUCGCCAUCGCCAUCGCCCUCCCCGCCCAGCUGUCUGCUCGACACUUGUCCACAGCUCUCCGGAGGAUUCGCUCUCCCCGUCCGGCGCGCUGAGAGCCCCCUACCUACCCCCCGAAUAAUCUCUAAUCUCAGCAUCCACCGCCCCCCGUCCUGCUGAUCUAUAACGUCGCUGCUCCAUCCGCAGGCCACCAUGUCCAACGAUGUAUCUCCAGAGGCGAUGCAGACGCGCAUCCAGCAGGCCCGUCGCGAAGCUGAGAACCUCAAGGAUAGGAUAAAGCGCAAGAAGGAUGAUCUGGCAGAUGGCACGCGU